AUGUCCGACUUGUGGCUCGAUCUUGUUUCUACUGUUAAUAUCGAUCACAUCGAUACCAUGCCUGCCGUUCUACAAUCCACCAUUAAUCUCCUAGAGACGGAGCUCAUUAAAGCGCGGGCCGCUUUACAAGAAAUUCAACCACAUCCACCAAUCUUACGCAUUGGCGAUGAAGUCGCCGUCGGUGCCAUGGCCGCAUAUCGCCAAAACCUUAUCGGCCGCGCUCCGGACUUCUAUGGGUCUCGUCGUUUGACUGCAAAGGAACUCGGUCUCGAGCCAACAGUACGUGAAAUAACUCACGAGAAACUACUUCCAGCUCCAAUCCAAGCACCAAAACCUGCUCCUGUUCCACAACGAGCGCCUAUCGAGAGGACCUUAACCAAUAGCUUGAUCUUGGAUCAUAUCGCGCCCUACCUAUCUGCCCCAUCCUUGAUAUCUCUGGCAUCAACUUCGCGACACAUGCACAGCAUGGUGACCCAGACUCCAUACAUUUUCCGCCAUCUCGACCUGACUCAUUGCCGAGGCGCAAAUCUACCUACCAAAGAGCAACCCCGUAACGACUCUCAAACAGAGGACGAGUUCUACUCUGCACCAUUACGGCGUAUUUUCGGAAGUCUGGAAAAGAAAUCCGUCUUGCAGGAUGUGCGCAGCCUGGUUCUAGACGGAUUGACCGUGCCCGCCGAUCUAGUUGCGGAAAUCAUCCUGACAGAUCGAUUCAAUGUCAAUAUUCUUUCCAUUCGCGAGUGUCUGCAUCUCAACGAACGGAAACUCAUGCAAAUAAUUCAACAUGCCGUUCGACCCACGCGCCCAGAAGGUACUCCCCGCGUAAAGGGUAUCUAUCACUUCUCACCUAUAACAAAGGCGCCUCGAGCUCCAGUACGGCGCCGAUACCGCGACUGGUGGGGUUCUCGCAUUGGUGCCUCUCGACGCCCAAGCGAGACCUCUUCAACUUCCUCUUCCUCUUCAACCUCUUCAUCAGAUAACGAAGAGGAAGAACGUCCUAGAAUCCAGAAGACCCAACAAAACGAAUGGUAUAGCCCCUCAGGCAAAUUAUUCAAACACACCAUCGAAGACGGGUGGGCACAAACCCUACAGAAAUGCGAGGGUAUCAUCGCAUUUGAUGCAGUGCUUUGUCGCGGCCCGCGCCAUGAUGUCAACCUAUAUUCUUCCGCCAAUGAAGAUACGCCGGCCCCAGAAGAUCCUCUUCUUGCACCGGCCAUGGCCACAGUCGCUCUGGGGCCACGCGGGUGCGAUGGAUGCCAUAGUUCUCCCGAGGGACCGGUGAUCUGGGGCCAAUCUCCAGAUCACCAGUUCCCCUUGUUGAGUCCCAUGCCAUUGCAUGUAUCGAAUAUAGCAGCUGCAAAGCGCCCUGAGCAGAUUCCAGGAAAACAUCCACUCCUGAUUGCUCGAUGCACCGACUGCUUGAAUCAUCGCUGGUGCCACCGAUGCAACAAAUGGUUCUGCGGUAACUGCCUGCCUCAACCACAAAAUGCUCAAUUGAAUUUGUCUCCACACCAAACGGCAGUUCGUCCAGACCAGGAGAACUUUAGAGAUGCUGUUCGGCCAUUAGAACGAGAGGUAUGUUGA